AUCAUUUAAUGAGCUGAGAGGCAGCCACUUCAUGGCUCUCCUUCCUUGCACAUCCAAACACCCAAACCAAUUCCGGGGUGGCUCUGUCCCACAGCUGGGAUCCUGGCAGGUCCUUACAAACCCAGGCCAUUCCUGAGCAAUUCCCUGGAAUACUGGAACUCCCUGUUUGGCAAGGACCACCCUUUCAGCUCACAGCCCACUUUCCAUGGCCUCCUGGCUUUGUGCUGCUCUUGGGAGAGGUGCUCCUGCAUUUUCAGAGUUCUGGAGCAAGGAGCUGCUGCUGCAUUUCUAUCCCAGAGCAGCAGCUCCCAUGUCCUGUCUUUCCCCACCCCCGUUUUUACACAGAGAGUUAAUUUUUGCCUCCUCAUUGUGUUUAUAUUCCACUGUUAUCCUCAAAGAAUGAAGCCCCAUCUCUCUGGCACAUGUUCUGCUUCAAAUCACUUGACUGGAGCUCCUCUUUGGCUGUUGAAGGUGGGAAUUCUAAGAUUUGCUUAGGUGUGUGUUUCACUGGCUGGAGGUGAGGCUGCUGCCAUCAGAGCCCACGGGCUGGUUCUGGGCAGGGCCUGAUGCCCCAGAGCCCUCCCUGGUGUCACUGUGUCCCUGUUCUCCAGCCAGUGGCACUUCCCAAAGUGUCCCUGAGCCUUUGGACCUGUGUGUGGGAACAGCAGUGUCACCUACAGGCACCACAUGGCUGAGAAGUGUCACGGCAGAGGACGCUUGUGUGUCCCUUCGGUGUGUUUUGGGGAAGGGGGUGUUGAGGUGUGUCCCUCCACAGCUGUGAAGCCUCACCCAAGCGCUCUGGGAGCACAAGCCCCCCUGGGUUUGCAACCCACACCCAUCCCCACCUUCCUGAGCCCAUUUGCUGGGCCCAGCCUUCAGGAUAGUGGCACUGGCCAUUGUUGUCCUGGACGAAGAGAGGAGAGACCACCAGGGUCCUGCUGCAUUUCAGCCCUUGGAGCAUUGUCCAAACUCUUGCUGUUGGGUUUUUUCAUUGGGGAAAACUUGCAUCUACCGGAAAGCAGAGCUGCCCUGGCUCAGCAGCAGGUUUGGGGGGGCUGUGGCUCACCCCCGGCACCCCGUGUCCCUCCCCCAUGUCCCCCAGAGCCUGGGUGCCUUCAGUGCCGGCUGAAGCUGCGGGGGCCGGGGGCUCGGAGGGGAGGGAGCGGUGGGAACAGUGGGAUCGGAGGGAGUAGAACUGAUCGGAGCAAUGGGAUAAGUGAGAGCCCCCGCCCCGGAGGAUCGGAGGAGGGGGAGCGGUGGGAGCGGCGAGAGCAGCGGGAGCAGCAGGAUCGGAGCGGAGCGCAGGGAGCAGCAGGAUCGGUGCGGAGCGCAGGGAGCAGCAGGAUCGGUGCGGAGCGCAGGGAGCAGCAGGAUCGGAGCGCAGGGAGCAGCAGGAUCGGAUCGGAGAAGACGGAGCAGCAGGAUCGGAGCGCAGGGAGCAGCAGGAUCGGAUCGGAGUGCAGGGAGCAGCAGGAUCGGUGCGGGAGGAGCGGUGGGAGCCCCCGCCCCGGCGGAGCACAGCGCGCUGGGCUGCGGGUGGAGGGCAGCCGCGCUUCUCCCAGCUACGGAUCCAUGGAAUCCACCCGGUGGCCGCCGGCCGGCGCGGGGCCAGAGGAUGAGAUCGUGUCCAUGGCCGACUCCACCACCACCAUGGAUGAGAUUGAGGGAGAGCUCUUCAGGAUCGAGCGGAUCCGGGAGAUCCUGGUGCGCAGGGAGUCAGAGCUGCGCUACAUGAUGGACGACAUCCAGCUUUGUAAGGAAAUCAGCCGGCUGAAAACAGAGCUCCAGAUACUCCUGGCCCUGCCAGGUGAGGCUCAGGAGAACCAGAAAUCCAACGAGGAGAAGCAGAGGGAAGAGGAGCUGGUGCAGCAGAUCCACAAGCUGGUGGAAACUAGGGAUUUCCUGGUGGAUGAUGUGGAGUUCGAGAGGCUCAGGGAAAGGGAAGAAGACAAGGAAAUGGCCGAGUUCCUGCAGAGCAAGCUCUCCAAAAGCUACCUCCAGAGAGCAACUCCUGCCCGAGAGAAGAAGAUGACAUCAAGGGGACAGCAAACCUCGGCUCCCUACAUGAGCAAGACAGGCCUGACCCUGCUCAAGGAGUGCUGUGGCUUCACCUGCUCCAUCAUGUAGGGCAUUGCCAGCCCCUGGCACAGGACAUGGCCAUGGUCUGCAGCCAGAGUCCUGCUCUCCUCUGAGAGAUCCAAUGUCCAUCACUGUCCACAGUUCCCCUGCAGCAGCAGCACCCAGGGCCCCCAGGCUGGCUGGGCAGGUCUGGGUGCUGGCACAGGUCCUGGGGGCCCUGCGUCCUCCGUGGCAGCACAGAUACCACGCCCCACCUUGGCCUGGAAGCUGUGAGAGCAGCGGGGAGCCCAUGGCACAGGAGAGAGCAUCCCACACCUGAGCUGAGGGAUAAAAACCGCCUGGAGCUGCUGUUUGGAGAACAUCCUGCUCCACCCUGGGAGUGUCCCUGGGGUGGUUCCAUCCUGGAACUGAUCUUGUCCUGAAGCCGAUCCCAUCCUGGGCCACUCCCUCUCUGCUCUUCCAGAGACUCUCCAGGACUGCUUUGCUUGGCCCACAGGGAUUUGCUUUGAUCCACACUCCCCAAAGGCUCCUCUCUGUCCUGCCUUCCCAGGGCCUUCCUGGGACAGCGAGUGACCCAGCCAGUGAGUUUGGUGGAUCUGAGAGGGAGCCAGAGGCCAGGAAGAGCCCUGGAUUCCAAACUCGCCCCUGUGGAGCCAGCCUGGGCUGGAAGCAGUGCUGGUGCAGGCAGGAGGACAGGCAGGGUCUGUGUCCCACCUGAGUUCCUGAGGCUGCUCCUGGAGAAGGCUCAGGCUGCUCCCCUGGGCACAUAGAACUGCUGGAACAGCUGGGAAAGUGCCCAGCCCACAGGAGUGGCACUGGUUCAUGUGCACUGAUCUCAACCCAAACCAAUAAAUGUCUGUUGA